AUGAGUAACACAAAUAAGAGCGAAUUGGUAAAGGAAAAGAAGGAAGGAAGCAGCUCCAACACGACGAAAACCCUGUGGGUAGGAGACCUAGACAAAAUAAAAGACGAAGUGGUAGAUGAGAACUAUAUCAUAUACUGUAUGUUUUACGAAUUUGCCGAAGAUAUAAUAAAUGUAAAAUUAUGCAAGGAGAAAAACUCGCAAAAAUAUUCCUAUGCAUUUAUAGAAUUCACCAAUUAUGACAUCGCCAAGUACUGCUUUGAUAAUUUAAACGGUAAAUGGAUACCUGGAAGGAUACACAAGUUCAAGUUGAACUGGGCCAAAUACAAUGUGAGUGAUGAUGUUAAUACGACUGAGAAGAGCCUAGACGUUGAGCUGGAUGAUAAGGGCACAUAUUCUAUAUACGUUGGGGGGCUCCCCAAAGGGACAACAAAGGAAGAAAUCGAAACGCUUUUUUCUCGCUUUUACUCUAGUAUCUGCUUCGUUAAGAUGAUUAAAAAUACGCAGAAAAAUCAAAAUAGAAUAUACUGCUUUAUUCAUUUUUUUAAUCACGAUGAAUGUAUUAGAGCUUUAACCGAAAUGGAUGGUCAUGAUUUUAAGGGCUGUAAAAUUAAGGUGAGCAAAUCCAAUGGGGCAAAAAUUGGAAAGGGGGGCGGAGAGGGAAAUAAUUACUACUACAAAAAUAACAAUUAUCAAAUGCACAUGAACAGCUUGAAAGGAAUGAACAUGGGGAGCUACAAUGUGGGCGCGUAUGGCGGCAACUACCCACAGGGAGGCUACACGCAGGGCAACUACCCACAGGGAAGUUACAACCAGGCAGGCUACCCACAGGGGAACUACAACCAAGCCAACUACAACGCGCACAGCGGUAACGGAAGCGGCGGCAACAACAACAACAACAACAACGGGUGGACCAGCAACAACCCCCCUAACUGUGGCAGCAACAGUAGUAAGGUAGCGAACAACCAGGCGGAUGAAGAAGAAAAUAAGAACGUCUCUGCAGCGGGAGUAGCAGCUCCUGCUGGGGUGCCCACUGGGGGAGAUCCCAACAAAAACUACUACAUGUACUACCACAACGUAAACAGCGAACUGAACAAUCCCUAUAAGGUAAACUACUACGAUCACCUAAGCUCCAAUGUCACUUCCUACCCUGC